AUGAAACACAGGAGCACAGGGACAGGCGUGAAACACAGGAGCACAGGGACAGGCGUGAGACACAGGAGCACAGGGACAGGCGACAGAGGAGCACAGGUACAGGCGUCACAGGAGCACAGGGACAGGCGUGAAACACAGGAGCACAGGGACAGGCGUGAGACACAGGAGCACAGGGACAGGCGUGAAACACAGGAGCACAGGGACAGGCGUGAGACACAGGAGCACAGGGACAGGCAUGAAACACAGGAGCACAGGGACAGGCGUGAAACACAGGAGCACAGGGACAGGCGUGAGACACAGGAGCACAGGGACAGGCAUCACAGGAGCACAGGGACAGGCGUGAGACACAGGAGCACAGGGACAGGCGUGAGACACAGGAGCACAGGGACAGGCGUGAAACACAGGAGCACAGGGACAGGCGUGAGACACAGGAGCACAGGGACAGGCGUGAGACACAGGAGCACAGGGACAGGCAUGAAACACAGGAGCACAGGGACAGGCGUGAAACACAGGAGCACAGGGACAGGCGUGAGACACAGGAGCACAGGGACAGGCGACAGAGGAGCACAGGUACAGGCGUCACAGGAGCACAGGGACAGGCGUGAGACACAGGAGCACAGGGACAGGCGUGAGACACAGGAGCACAGGGACAGGCGUGAGACACAGGAGCACAGGGACAGGCGUGAAACACAGGAGCACAAGGACAGGCGUGAGACACAGGAGCACAGGGACAGGCGUGAAACACAGGAGCACAGGGACAGGCGUGAGACACAGGAGCACAUGGACAGGCGUGAAACACAGGAGCACAGGGACAGGCGAGCACAGGGACAGGCAUCACAGGAGCACAGGGACAGGCAUGAAACACAGGAGCACAGGGACAGGCGUGAAACACAGGAGCACAGGGACAGGCGUGAGACACAGGAGCACAGGGACAGGCGUCAGAGGAGCACAGGUACAGGCGUCACAGGAGCACAGGGACAGGCAUCACAGGAGCACAGGGACAGGCGUGAAACACAGGAGCACAGGGACAGGCGUGAGACACAGGAGCACAGGGACAGGCAUGAAACACAGGAGCACAGGGACAGGCGUGAAACACAGGAGCACAGGGACAGGCGUGAGACACAGGAGCACAGGGACAGGCGACAGAGGAGCACAGGUACAGGCGUCACAGGAGCACAGGGACAGGCAUCACAGGAGCACAGGGACAGGCAUGAAACACAGGAGCACAGGGACAGGCGUGAGACACAGGAGCACAAGGACAGGCGUGAGACACAGGAGCACAGGGACAGGCAUGAAACACAGGAGCACAGGGACAGGCGUGAAACACAGGAGCACAGGGACAGGCGUGAAACACAGGAGCACAGGGACAGGCGUGAAACACAGGAGCACAGGGACAGGCGUGAGACACAGGAGCACAGGGACAGGCGUGAGACACAGGAGCACAGGGACAGGCAUGAAACACAGGAGCACAGGGACAGGCGUGAAACACAGGAGCACAGGGACAGGCGUCACAGGAGUACAGGGAUAGGCGUGAGACACAGGAGCACAGGGACAGGCGACAGAGGAGCACAGGUACAGGCGUCACAGGAGCACAGGGACAGGCAUCACAGGAGCACAGGGACAGGCAUGAAACACAGGAGCACAGGGACAGGCGUGAAACACAGGAGCACAGGUACAGGCGUCACAGGAGCACAAGGACAGGCAUGA